AUGCAGCGCCUCUUUGGUUCGAGCAAGCGAAAUUCGCUGUCCGUGUUGGAGGACAGGAAGAAGCAGGCAGAAGCAGAAGCCUCGGAAGGCGACAAGAUGGCAGGAGCAGCAGCAGCGACCGGCAAGGGCCACCGCCGGGAUCGACACUCGGCAGAUCUCUGGGGCCCUGCCAAGCAGCAAGCCACCAAGCCAAGCGGAAUUGACGGUGCUGAUCUUGGCCCAGCUGAGAUGAACGCUCUCGACGCUCGUUUCUGGGCAUGGAGAAUCAUCUACAUGACUCUGUUUCCCAUAUUCCACGCUCCUGUUGCUACGGAAAACCCCUGA